AUGUACCAGCGUUCGGAUUCGUCGAAUGUGCCCUACAAUGGUGGCUCCCUGUUGGGCGUAGCUAUUGCUGUGGCAAUCAUUCAGAUCGUCUCGGUAGUAGCUCGCUUCUAUACCCGACACACCCAGCGAAUCGCAUAUGCACUUGAUGAUUUUCUAAUUGUCAUCGCAUUGGUUGCUAGCUUAGGACAAUCGGCAUUGUACGUGGUUUUGGUCGAAGUCGCAGGUGUCGGUUAUCACAUGAGCUACAUUGAGCAAACCCCAGAGAAGCUGAUUGCCCUAGAAAAGGGUCUAUACGUCAACGAGAUCAUAGAUUUCCCUUUCGUCGUGACCCCUGCCAAGGUUUCCAUUCUUGUCUUCUACGUCCGCAUCUUUAGCACUCGUAACUUCAGAGUCGCUGCCUACAUCGUCGGAGCAUUUGUCGUCGGCCACGGCAUUGGAAUUCUGUUCGCGGCCAUCUUCCAAUGCUCGCCAAUCGCAUAUAUAUGGGACAAGACCAUCGAGGACGGCUCAUGUUUAAUCAAGAAGCCUUUUACCGUUACGUUUCACCACCUAAUAUUCUGA